AUGCAAUUUGGGAAAAGAGUAAAGUUCACGGCUUUCUCUCCUGAUACCCCAUGGUGGUCGUCGACGGUCACUUCAGCGGCGGUGGGUACGAAAUUCGGGUUGUCAGUGGACCACAUCGUGGACGCUCAAAUCGUUGAUGCGAACGAAAGCCUUCUCGAUCGGAAAUCCAUGGGGGAAGGCCUCUCCUUGGCAAUUCGCGGCGGCGGAUCACGUUCCGGCAUCGUCGUUUCUUAUAAGGUCAAGCUUAUUGAGGUUCUAGAAACCGACCCUCCAUCUAGCGCUGCUCUAUAG